AUGCCUUGCUAUAUUCUGUACCGAUUUGAUUCCAGAAACAACGCAGGCUAUGAAUGGCUGUUAAUAUCAUGGACGCCAGACUUUGCGCCUGUGAGACAGAAAAUGUUGUAUGCAGCCACCCGAGCAACAAUGAAAUCUCUCUUUGGUGGUGGUCAGAUCAAAGAUGAAAUAUUUGGGACAGUGCGGAGUGAUGUUUCCUUAUCGGGCUACCACAAACAUGUGCAGGCUUCGCUGGCCCCGGCCCCUCUCACGAUGGCAGAGGAAGAGCUUCAGUACAUUAAACAGAAUGAGGUGAAUGCACACAUUAACGUCGACACCAAGUCACAAACAAUGCAGGGUGUGGCUUUUCCUCUGACGUCCAAUGCUGAACAUGCCUUAGCCUCUUUCCGGGAUGGAGCUGUCAAUUAUGUUCAGUUGAGUCUAGACCUUGUUAAAGAGGUGGUGGAUGUGGAGACCACAGACAACAUUCACGUCAACAAGCUGGUGUCCCACAUCCCCACAGAAAGUGCCCGGUAUCACCUUUUCAACUUUAGCCACACACACGAGGGAGAUUCUCUGGAUAGUGUCGUAUUCAUCUACUCCAUGCCUGGCUACAAAUGCUCCAUCAGAGAAAGGAUGUUGUACUCCAGCUGCAAGUCCCCGCUGGUCGACUCCAUCACACGUGCUGGUAUCCAGGUUGAGAAAAGGAUCGAGGUUGACGACCCCUCAGAAGUAACAGAGGAGUUUAUUUAUGAUGAAAUACAUCCCAAGAAAAACGCCGUCCGCCAGGCCUUUGCUAAACCAAAAGGACCUGCGGGGAGAGGACCCAAACGAAUGACCAAACCCCAAGAUUAA